AUGGUUUUCUUUGCCAAUGCAAUCGGGAUCCCGAGGGAUGAGCUGCACUUUCUGCACGAGUUGCACCCCAACUUCUCGACUUCCCCUACAUUUUCGUGCAACCUCGCCUUUAAGAGAAAAGAAAAAAGAACCAGGACGUUUAUGAUUUCUUCAAAGGAGGCCAGCGAAGCGCCCGUUCCGGGUAUUCCACCGCUUGAUCCGCAGAGAAGCGUCGACGGUGAACGAGGCAUCGAGAUCAUCAAUCCCAUUCCCACGAGUAGCGAGGAUUUUGAUCUAGAAAUCCACCCGGAAAUCGUGGGAGUCCAUGAAAAGGGUAGGUCGAUAUGA